CUGUACAGUAUUUUGUAUAUUCGUAACAGAUUUUUUUAAUCUUAAUUAUUUUGACGUUUCGCGGGACAAAGUUUCGAAUUAAAACGUGUGAAAUGAGUAUAUUUUCACCAAGAUUCGCAGAGUAGCUUGUACUCUAAAUAAUUAUCGAGAACAGACUACAUAUAAUAUUAAUUCAUUUCGUGAAGCACAUAGAUAUUUCUUUCUCCAAAGAACAAAAUGGAUAUUGCCAAUCCUACUCCUCAAGAUCUACAAGCAAAAUUAUACUUCCUGAUGGAACAGUUGCAACAUAUGGCUGGAGAAUUACCGCCAAAAUAUCAGAUGCGAUUGCCCUAUGAAUUAUUGUCCGGUUUAGCAAACUCAUUGUUAAAUGAUACCAUUUUUGAGAUAGUUAAAGGUUUGAUGGAGAUACAGCAUGUCACCGAGAAGCAUCUGUUUCAACAGCGACUCCAGCUUUUGAAUCAACAGAAAAUUGAGUGUCAAGAAGCAUUAUCAACAACAGUAAUAGAUGAUAAAUUGAAUUUGAUAAAAGCCGCACUGUUCAAGAAACACAAGGAGGAAUUAAAGGAAAUGGAUAUGAAAUUAGUAUUGCAAUUAGAUCAAAAAGUAGCUGAUCAGCAAAGUAUAUUGGAAAAGGCUGGAGUACCAGGAUUCUAUGUGACGAAUAAUCCAGUGGAGAUUCAAGUGCAAAUGAGGCUAUGCGACUUUAUAUUCAGACUCAGCAAGAUGGACAUACCAGCUUAAUAUGAAUGUGAAAUUCUAUCAUAUAUUUUUGUUUAUAUCUAAUCAUACUUAUUACUUACCGUAUAAUAAUUACAUCAUUUUAUAAUUGUUAUUUAUUGAUUA